CAACUUGAGAGUUACGUCCCUUAGAUCCACAAACACAUGUGGGAAGAACCUUGCCUGUUUACAACUCGAAACUGAUGUUUAUAUCCGAUGUGACCCGCCUGUAAGAAAAUGGACAAGGAAGAUGGUGCUGGGGACAUGACAGACAGUCAUGGUGCCACCGUCAGUUGCCAGCCAAAGAACUACUUUGCCAGCUAUGAGGAUCUCUCAGUUCAUGAGCUAAUGCUGAAGGAUUUCCCACGUACGCAGGCAUACAAGAAGUUCUUUGAGGAGAAUGCUGCCCACUUCAAGGAUAAGGUAGUGUUGGAUGUCGGAGCAGGUACUGGGGUCCUGAGUCUGUUUGCUGCGUCUGUUGGGGCUAAGAAAGUGUAUGCAGUUGAAGCCAGCAAGAUGUCGGAGAUCUGUAAGGAGAUUGUGAAGUGUAACGGCUUUGAAGAUAAAGUGGAGGUGUUCAACUGCCCUGUUGAGGAGCUAGCAUUACCAGAGAAUACAAAAGUGGAUGUUCUGGUAUCUGAAUGGAUGGGCUUCUAUUUGUUGCAUGAAGCAAUGCUUGAUUCUGUUAUUUAUGCCAGAGAUAAGUUUCUUGCCUCAAAUGGCACAAUGGCCCCAUCGAAAGCAACUCUGUAUGUGGCACCAACGGAUAUAGACUCCUAUCAUUCCAGUCAUGUUGAGUACUGGAAUAACGUGUAUGGGUUUGACUUCUCCUCUGUGAUUCCAUUAGUGACUCAAAAGUUUCAAAAGGAACCUGUGAUUACAGAAGUGCAGUCCACAGAACUGCUUGCAUCAGCACAGAAAGUUGUUGAACUAGAUUUAAAAACUGUUACGCUUGCUGACGUGCAAAAGAUUAGCCAAAAACUUGACAUAAAGAUGGACAAAUCUGGGAUAUUGCGUGGAUUUGCAUCUUGGUUUGAUGUUGAGUUCUCUCCCCUUGACAGUUCCGUGGCAUGUGGUGUGCUGAGUACGUCGCCCGAUUCUCCACAGACACACUGGAAACAGACAGUGUUCAUGCUGCCAGAGGAGAUCCCCAUAGAUACAGGGGAUGAGAUCAGCACCCUUGUGGAACUCUCACAGGACGAAGGUAACAAACGCCACUACAACAUAUCGAUCGAGCUCCUGGACGUGGAAGAUGAUUACAGCGAUGAGAACGACCACCCUGUGCCGUGUGACUGUGGGGCGACCCGUUGUCUCCUCAUCAAGAAGCUGAUGGAUACCUACGAUGAAGAGCAUCGGGAACUGGAGGCGGAGGCAGACAGUGUUAAUGUUGAGGCAGAGACUGAAGCAGUUAGAGUGAUGAACACCGAAAUGAGCUUGGAGAGUAGUGACCUUGAAAUCAUCGAUCAGUAGAUGGGAUUUCUAAGUCAAGAUUGCCAAAAGGUUCUUUAUCUGCAAAACAUUGGCAACAAAGUUUGAUCACAUUCUUUUAGGGAGUGGCCUGACUCCUAUUGUUGCUGAUUGCCAAAACGAUAUUUUAGAAAUGAAAUACAAAUGAUGUUUCUCAUUAAUAUUUCAUGUAUAUAAUCACAAAGUAACAUAUGUAGGAUAUAACCUAGUCAAAAUAUCAAAGUAUGUUAUGUUCUGUUAUAUUGAUUUCUGUUAUGGGGCAAAACAUUAGAAGAUAAAUAUCCCAAAAUGUUGAAAUUGUGUUUUUUAUUUGAAACAAUUAAUAAUUAUAUGUGGUUCAGCCAUGAGCAACAUUAGUAUGCUGCAUUAAGUAACUGGUAGUGAUUUGAUCUGAUUUUAUACCAGCAAACACAUUUAAGAAUCCAUUUGUUAUAUUGUUGGAAUUUGAUGUUUUAAGAAAAUGAACAUUAUCAAAGAUAAAGUUGAUUAAACGGAUGCUGUUUUGAUUUUGUGUUAUGCAUUACUGUUUUCACAAGAGAAGUGCGAGAUGACUGGACAUACUGUGACAUUCUUUACUUCAGUUCUGUUAUCAGAUUUUGGUGCUACAGAAGGGUCAAAAUUUAAUUUUCAAAUAAAUGAUUAUGUUACUGUUCCUACAUGUGACCAGUGACCUACGCUUGUUGAAGGAGAUGACACGAUCACAACCCACAAUCAGAAAUCUGCUGGACGCAGCACAGUUAAAGAUUGAUAACAUGCUUCUUUUAGAAAUGUUUGCACACUUUGAUAUGGAUCCUGU